AUGGUUAUGGUGUCCCCUUCAACUGAGGAGCACAUGACGUCUUGCAAAGAUAUAUAUAAUGAAAUAGCGCAUGGCUUUGAACUCUCAUGGCUUCUUCAUGCAUGUUCAGAAAGUUGCCCAUCAUGGGAAAUUUCUUGCUGGGAGAACUGCACCGGCACUGGAAUUCAAAGUCCACGACCAGAUGAAGAUGGUGAUGAUCUGAUCACAUUUAAGAUGUUCCAUGGAGAGAUAUGGGCGAUAGCUAAGGAUUUUGGAUAUAAAGACAGUGCGGAAUUCUAUGAUAUUGUUGCACAGAUUAGGAAAGUUGUUCACAUAGGAUGCGAUGAUAGCCUGUUAGGGAUUAUGCGUACAGAACAAUUGCAAAAGCUUGGUGAUGUGCAUGUUCAAGAGCUUGGUGAUGUGCAUGUGCAAGAGCAAGAUGAUGUGCAUGUGCAAGAGCAAGAUGAUGUGCAUGAGCAAGAUGAUGUGAAUGUGCAAGAGUCUGAAGAUGAGGAAGCAAACACUGUUGAUUAUACAAAGGAUGAUAUCUGGUUUGAUGGUUAUGUUGAUGAUAUCACUGUUGAUAUGGAUCCAAAUGCUGAGGAAGAUAAUGACGGAGAUGUCACUGGAGGCACUUACAUGCCCAAAUACAUCUUUAGAUGA